GUUCGAAGUCAGCAGCCCCUCCAGCAUAGGUCGCGGAAUCGCACGACUUUCGAACAAUGCUGCUAAGGCGAUGCUUCGAACUAGACUGGACUGCUUCUCUGGCGCCGAAGCCCGUGCGGAUGCAGCAGCGUCGAUGGAGAUCGGCGAAGCGAAACCGAUCCGGUCUUCUGAAGUAGGUUCUGCCGCGACACCGCAUUGCCUUUACGAAGUUUUCAGCACUCCUUACACGGACGAGGAGGUGGCUCGAGGUGUCAGGGCAAAGCAGAGCAUCUGCAAGGGAGUUGUCGUGGAGGUAGCACACUGCAUUCGGAUUCCCAAGCAAGAGUACGAGGACCAUCUGAGGUACAGUGUGCUUGAGCAUUAUCUCUACGUUGGUAGAAAUGGCUGUAUGCUCAUGGCGCUAGGGGUAGGGUCGCUCUUCAACCACAGCAAGCAGCCCAACCUCUAUUUCGCUAUUGAUCACGACCAUCUUGUUAUUAGCUGCCUAAGUCGCCCUUGCUGUCCACGCUCCUCUCGCUUUCCUGCUGUCAUCGGGUACGAAGAAGGAUGUUCAAAAACAAGAUUCAGGGUACAGGGUCAGACGACAGGCAUGAACAAGCAGUAGAUUGUUCUUUCUCUUGAGGAGCGAAUUUGGAAGAAAUUGCUUAUCUGGCACCUUUGAUGCGUCGUCAAAACGUCACCGUGGCCAGGUUUCUGUAUCAACAUGUUUUGCUCAGUGGCUAUUUGUAUAGGUGACAGGUGAAACAAUUCAUGUUUCCGCUCAGGGCUCUUUCCUUCCUGCUGUUGGCAGAGGCACUUUUGAUUAAUCAGUUCUUGAACAGCUUUAACCAUCCUAGCACUGAAUGAAAAACACUUCCUCCAUAAUCACCUUCGUGCAAUGGAAGGUGUUGUAAAAUGCCAUCUUGUUUUGUGCAUAUGCCAGAUGUGCCUGCUGCGAAUUCAGUGAUAGGGGCUUUUUGCAUGUACUGAGACGUCCGACAUGUUUUGCUCCCAACUCCCAAAGUCCCAUGCAAGCACGUUGACUCAGGUACUUCUUCCGCCGCAUUUCACGUCGAUGAUAAGCAACUGAUUUGAGGCAGGCGCUUCUAGAGGAGAUAGUUUGUGAAUCAACAAAUAAAUAAUGUCUUUACUCUUAGGUGAAUCGUCUGUUUGUCUAGCUUUAACCUAAUAUUAUGAACUGGUACCGGUCUGCUUCUCAUGUUAAUUCACUUCAUGAAAUCUGUUCUUCUUAUUUACAAGUUUUACUUUUUAUUUA